AUGUUUUCAUAUUUGCGACCUCAUCACAAGCGCACGCCAUCCACGCCUUCAUCACCAGCAGAACAACCCCCUUCCUUCGAGCCACCACAUCAUCCCAUUGAUCAUGGACAUCCUCACCGACGACAAGAGUCGAUCCCUCCGAACCCAGCGCCAUUCGAACCCGCAACCGUUACCCGGACAGCAACUGGAGGGGAUUUAUCGAACGACUCCUCAAGGUUCAGAGCCGGAGAAAGGGAACCACGAACACAAGGCUGGGAGAGUUCAAAGGGCCCACGACCAGGAAAUGGCUUCUCGUUUACCAAUCACCAGAGAAUGCCUUCUGGCAGACCGGAUUCUGCAGGAAAUGCUGGUCCAGCAAACUAUAGCACCUCGCAAAGCAAUUUAUCACCGCAGAGCGGCGAAGGAACGUCGAGGCAAAAAUCCCCCGAGUAUUAUAUCGCCGAUGGGCAGAACAAUUCAAUACCAACAGGAAGACGUCCCAUCGGCGCGAGGCUGCCAACUCCCCCACCGGCCGAAAACGUGUCUAAAUUCGAACCAGCUCCUUCAAAAUCCGGAAAGACGAGAUUAAACCUCCUCAAUCCUAUGUCUCUGUUAGCCCGCCGGAGAACCUCGCACGCCAUCCCACAAUUAAGCACAGAAGCACUUGUGACUAUCAAAUCUGGAAACACCUCUCUAGAGAACGAUUUCAGAAUUCGUGGGACGGUUGUUCAUGAUUUUAGUGCGCCUCGCCCUCGAAGGAAUGUCCCCUACAACGAUACGCGAGUAGAAGACGCAAAUCACACGAAAGGAUACCAGCGUAGCCCAAAUCCCCAAUCCAAUGACCCAAGUACAUUAGAGGAUAAUGGGAGUGGCAGGUGGAGUGGUGGGAAUCACACGCCCGUCUUUACAGAAGACUUUGAAGAAGAACAGUACCCAGCAGCUGGACCACACGUCCGGAAAGCAAAUGAUUUGACAGAUCUACCCUUACCAAAGCCGCCAUAUGCCAAAGGCGCCCAGAGACCGCUUGAUUUGAAUGUGACAGCGAAGAGUAACGAUGUUGUCCAAAAGCAGCUCCCGUCAGUCGAUGAGACAACUGUGAACAGUUCCAUACCCGAACCUGUGCCUGCUAUGUUAUCAGAGAGCGUUGAACGUAAAUCAAUCAAAGACAAGGCGAUUUCGAUAGAUGCUUCAGCAACACCCCCUAAGUCUCAGCCCUCUAACAAGAAGGGCAGAUCUCGAAAUGUGUCCGAGGUGUCGGCUAGAGAUGCAGCAGCUAUACCAAAGCACAUGAAGAGCACAUCUUCCCGCUUUAGUUUUGAUAUGAUUGGUGCGGCCGAACAGGAAAGAUUACUAGAGGAUAGGCAUCGCCAAAGGGCUUUAGAAAAACAAGCCGAAAAAGCCAACGAGGAUGAUCAUUUUCGUGAUUUUGAUGACGAGUAUGAUUUCGACGGCAUGAACGACGAUGAUGGAUUAGAGGAGAGAAUUCCGGGCGUCAAUGCCGAUGUGGAGGAUGAUUCGUAUGGUGCAGAGCCCCUGAAAGAAGAAUUGGACGUGCAAAUCGAGCACGAAAGAGAAGAAAGUGCUUUGGGAGAAGGAUUGGAGGCGGAUCAUCUACCCAAUGCAGAGAACCUUAUUGGCUUUUCCUUCCAGCAAUCGUGGCUUACUCCACUUAGUCCGAUCUCGCCUGGCGCUGCGGAAACACCCCGAGAUGCUGAUGGUGCUAUUAUCGGUUUUGCCAUGACCAAAAAUUCCCCUUACAUUAACUCAAACUCAACCCAGCGAGCGGUAGAGUCUCCCGUGUCCCCUGUCGUGGAAGAGACUCCAGGUCUUGAUACACCACAAGGAUUGGGCCUACAAGUACAUGGCCUUGACAUUCAAGCAGCACAAGAUACAUCUGCCCAGAGCGCUUCUUAUGAAGAGGUAUCUCCCCAGAGUUUUCCUCAACCAGCCAAAAUUGAUGAUGACGAUCUCUAUUUUGACGAUGGCAUUAUCACUGGAUUUGGUGGUGAAGAACAACCCUCUACAUUUGACGAAUCAGUCUUUGAUAAUGUUGGUACCGACCAAUAUGGACGGCCUCUGAAGCCACUUUCUCCUUCGAUAUCUACAUUACAUCCACCACCUACAAUAGCACCAGAUCAGCCGCCGACACCUGAUAAACCAGAUGCCAAUGGUAAUGCCGAAUCAUCCGAUGGCGCAAGCACAAAAGUUGAAUCAGAAUCCUAUGGCAGCCCACCACCCCCUGGAGUUUGGGCACCUAGACCUUCCGUAUCGCAGCACGUAUCGCAGCAUAUUGGAAGUCAAUUACUUAUGCCUUCCCAAGGACUAACACAACAAACUCUAGCUGCGUACCAGUCAGCUCUCGCCGCAGCCGCAUUUACUGCCGCAGCCAAUGGCAAGUUUCGUCGUGACAGUCUUCCCAUCGACACUACUACCACCGAACCUGAGGAGUCACAACCCGGUCUCAUAACAGACUCAAGCAAAAACACUUCUCAUUAUGAACCCUUUUCUCCCAAUUACGAUAUUGAAGACGACUUUGAUUAUGAUGAUGAACUUGAAGAUGAUGCCAUUAUUGCUGCAGCAAAUGCAGAGGCUCUCGCCAGUGAUUACGAUGGAUUCUAUGGACAAGAAUUUGGAUUCUACUCUGCACCGGCUGCACAAGAAGCUGAAUAUGCCAAUGGUGGUUAUUUUGGGCCUCGUGGGGCGGAUGGUCUCAUCCGCGCUCAGAGCGGAAGGCUUGUGGUUCGAGAGCCAAACUUGACACCGAUUACUGAGCGGAGUGAGUACUCGAAUCGAAACUCCAUGUUGUCUCCCGGAAUGUUUGGUUUCGCUAGCCCAGGUUUCCCCAGCCCAGGACUUUCAUCGCUCGCUAGCCCAGGUCUAUCUCAGUUGGCAGGAUUGAUGAGUUCACCAGAGUAUGAAGCUGGUGAAAUGAGCUUGAAUGCCCUAAUGAGACUGAGAAGAGGAGCAUUUGGUAGCAGUCAACCUAGUCUUCACAGCAGUACAGCUGGCAGUCCAAAAGGUGCUGGCGGGCCUGAUGAUGUCAGUCCCUCUGCACAUCCGCCAUGGUCACCAGGCGUCCCUGCAACCUCGGUAUCACCUGCUGUCCAAGGGCAUCGAAGGAAGAAUAGCGCAAUCAGCUCUGUGAGCGAUACUACGGCUGGUAUUCUAGGCGAGGAAACCUCCAUUUCUGGUAGUCCGACUGUUACGUUUAACACAACUGCCCUUUCUCUCGCCUCUCCAGUGCAGAAUUCAACGCCGGAAAGCGACUCGAAGGAAGUGAGACCGAAACUAAGCAGACAUAAACAUUCUGCUAGCGCCGAAAGUAUUAGCUAUUUAAAGGAAGAAGAUCCCGUGGCGGGUCAGCGAUGGGUUCUAGAGAGGCGGCGGACGGGCGAGAGUGGCGAGGUGGAAUUACUCGGGCGUGAGGUAGUGCAAGGGGGGAUAUGA